AUGGACGCCAGUAAGGAAAGGAAUACGAAGAGGGAGGAGGAUACGAAGUCGACGACACCAUCCAAGAUCUCAAGCCUGUUCCCCGACUGGUUGGUAUGGUACAAGAAGCCGGAGUACAGGGACUUUAAGGAAUAUGCCACCGCCAUCCGGACUGGAAGGAGGCCCUUGAGUAGGGAUGGGAGAGACAAGAGUCCUAUUCCAGCCCGAUUGAGCUUGGAGAGGGUUCUGAACAACCAGACCUGCUCACCAAUGUCACUGUAUGACUUCUACAUGUAUCUCAAGUACAUCGAGUUCUCACCCGAGAACCUCGAGUUCUUCGUCUGGUUCCGCAACUACGAAGCGUCAUACGCAAAGACUGGAAGUCUCAACAACUUCCCCAUGGCAGAGAAGGACAUCGACCAGUCAUCGUCAUCACGAGACAGUAUGGCAGACAGCGCAGUAGAUGCAGCGGGCAUGAAGCUUCCCUCCAUCCAGAUGUCUGAGUUUGAAUGCGAUCCCGAAGCAGCUACCGAGACUAUGGCCAACAUCGUCCAUCUCAUCGCCCCGGAGACCGCAUGCAGACCCAACAGCAAAGUUGGCCCGAAUGGUCGCGAUCGUAUCAAGUCAUGGGCCAACGCCUGUGCGAGGCCCAUCUGUGCCAACAAUGUCCCAGACGUUAUACCCACCCGCAUCGCCCCGACCUCAGCAUACCGUAUCGAGCUCAACGCCGUCGUCAACACAUUCCUUGUCCCCAAUGCCGAGAAGGAGCUCAACAUUCCGCCUGCGCUUCGCGAUACCGCUCUCCUCAACCUCCAGAACUCAUCCGACCCGAUCCACCUCAAGCCAAUUGCAGAUCAUGUCUACGGUCUCCUGAAGAACUGCUCCCACCGCAACUUCGUCCGCCUCGGUGUCUCCAACGGAACCUUUGAGACGCUAUGCAUGGCCACCAGCGUUGGCAUCGCCCUCACAAUCGGCGGCUUCCUCUGUGUCCUCCUCAAGGCCUUCGUCCCCUUUAUGGGCGCCAACAGCCGUUGGAACGCCUUUGCUCCCUGGCCGAUGUGGUUCGUCGGCAUGUCUCUCAUCUUUUCAGGUCUCCGCGGUAGCUGCUUCUUCCUGCUGCUCUUCACCAGACGCCAACCCCUUCCCUGGGAACGCUUCGACGACAGCGCCUCUCUUCUAUCGCAACGUUCCGGUCUCAUGAAGUUUGUGUCACGGAUGAUGAUCUUUGAUCGCAAGAUUCGUGUCAAGGAUGUCCACUUACGCAGGCUGCAGCACAAGAUUGUCCUUCAAGCCAUGGUCGGUGGCGCAAUCUUUGCGAGUUUGAGCACGUUGAUCUUCAUCUUCCUGCCGGUGUGGUCGCAGACUGUGAUGCCCCACAUGUAA